CCCCCUCCGCAUGAAGCAAAACAUGCAAAUAAUCCCCUUGUUUUUGUUUUAUUGCUUGGAAUCGCCCGGUGUUUCAUUUUACCUUGCAUCAAAUCCCAUUUCCGUCAAAAUAUACCGUUAACUAAUGAAGAGAUUUUGUGCAAGAUUUUUGUAGCAUAGGAGGAUUAGGUGCAUGGUUUUUGCAACAUAAGAGGGAUUUAUGCAAAAAAGAAAAUCGACAUGCAUUAACAUAAUGCUAAAUCAUAUCACUAAUUUAUUUGAAGUGUGUGUGUUGGGGGGUGAUUUAUGAAAUAGUAUAACGGUGAGAAAAGUUAUAAUUCUUGAGGGUUCGGGGACAUCGCCAUAGAAUAUGUUUUGAGUAAUUAAUAAAAAAUGUAAUAUUUAUACGUAUUAUUUGGAAAAGUAAAAAAUAUAUAAAUUUACAUGUGAAAAAUUAAAAAUUGUAGGGUCAAAUUACAAAAAAAAUUGGGGACCAGAACUUAUAUUUUAAAGUUUUUGUAUUAGAUCAGGACACCCAUAUAUUAUCAAUUUGGUGACAGUCCUUGAAUAUUUAUAUUGCAAAAAUACCCCUUUGUUUAACAUUCGUCGCCAUUUAUUUCAGACCUUGCUUGGGAGAAAUUCCUACAAUUGAAUUACCAAAAUAUCAUCUUCGCAUCGAUUUCUCUAGAAUAUUCGAAUAGGGAAGGGAACGCAAAAUAUGCGUUUAUAUUUCCAAUAUUUUUAUUUUUAUUUACGUAUUUAUUAGAGUUAAGAGUAUGCCAUGGUUACAUAUAUAUAUUUAUAAAAAAAGAGGUUGAACUAAAUUAAUAACCAUGGAAUAUUCGUUCACGGGAUGACUGAAAUCCUCCUAUUCCUAAGAACCAGCCAAUCCAUUUACAAAUUAAAACUCUUGUAAUAUAGGGAAUUUGUGUUAUUUAGUGAGAUUGGAGAAGGAAGUUCUACCUUAUAAUAAUUUCAUGCUAAUUUGUUUACAAUAAUAUUGAGAUGGCAUUUUGUGUUUUAUUACAAAAAAAUAUAUAAAUGAUGAGAUUGCUAUUUUGGUUAUAAUAAUUUAGGAGGUGGCAUUUUGUAAUUUAUUACAAAAAAAAUAUAAAUGAUCAGACUGCUAUUUUAAUCAGUGCAUGAACAUUACAUUAACAAAUUUACAAUAAUAAUUUGGUUCGGAUUAAGAAAUUUGUUUACAAUAAUAAUUUCAGAGAUGGCGUGUUGCAUUUAAAUUUGUACCAAUAAUCAGCCGAUCGAUCAAGCCAAAUUAAAAUAUGUUGUCUGUUUCUCAUGAGGCUAUGUAUCUAUACAUUUGAUACACUCUAUAAGUAGUCAAGGAUGUAUACAAUAACCAUCAUUCAAACAUAGAGAAGCAAGCUUAAAACAAUGGCUACCAUGUUCCUUCUUGCAGCCAUUUUCAUCUUCACUUUCCAUUCAGCUUCUUCUUCAAAUACCAGCUACCAAACUUACAUUGUCCAUGUCGACUUGCCGCCGACCGAAGAAGACGGAUUUUCAGGACAAUCAAAUCUCGAAACAUGGUACCACUCAUUCCUGCCGCCAUCAUCAGAAGCCGCCACAUCGGAUUCGGAUAAUCAUUACACGCCCUCGUCUCGCAUAGUUCACAUGUACCGCAAUGUGAUCACAGGAUUCGCAGCGAAAUUAUCGCCAGAAGAGGUGAAAGAAAUGGAGAAGAAACCGGGAUUCAUGCACGCUAGGCCGCAUAAGAAGUACCAACUACACACAACCCACAGUCCAAACUUCUUGGGGUUGCACCAGGGUGUCGGAGCAUGGCCGGCAUCAAACUACGGCAAUGGUGUGAUUAUCGGUGUGAUAGACACCGGAAUCACACCGGGCCACCCCUCUUUCAACGACCAAGGAAUGCCACCCCCGCCUCCCAAAUGGAAAGGAAAAUGCGAAUUGAGCGGAACUCUAUCGUGUAAUAAUAAGCUCAUCGGUGCGAGAAAUUUCGCCAGCUAUUUCCCAGGCCCGCCUAUCGACAACUUUGGGCACGGGACCCACACGGCCAGCACGGCUGCCGGAAACUUCGUCUCCGGCGCUAACGUGUUCGGCCAGGCCAACGGGACGGCUUCCGGCAUCGCCCCCCUCGCCCACCUUGCGAUCUACAAAGUUGGUUCGCACGAAAAUGGGACCGAUGUCCUCUUCGACAGUGACUUAUUGGCAGGAAUGGAUGCGGCUAUCGAGGACGGAGUCGACGUGCUUUCACUCUCUCUCGCAGGAGAUAGUGUAUCUCAUACUAGCCCGUUCCACGAAGACGUCGUUGCUAUAGGAGCAUUCAGCGCCGUUAAGAGGGGCAUUUUCGUCACCUGCUCGACUGGAAACGACGGCCCUAGCCAUUCGUCGUUGUACAACACCGCGCCGUGGAUUCUCACUGUUGGUGCCAGCACUACCGACAGGAAGAUAAAAGCAACCGCACUGCUCGGAAACGGAGAGGCUUACGAAGGCGAAUCAUUUUACCAGCCGGAAGAAGGCGGCAGCUCCUCCGAAGAAUUGUUGCCCCUCGUGUACGGUGCGCUGUGCGGGUCCGAAUUGUUGGGCGAAAUCGGCGUGAAGGGGAAAGUAGUCUUGUGUGAGAUUGGCACGUUCAAUAAUGGACAAGACGUGAAGGAUGCCGGUGGUGCCGCCAUGAUUGGGAUAAACGACGAGACCGACGACUAUUACACCGAACCCAUACCGCACGUACUCCCUGCAACGCUCGUCAAUUACGAGGCCGCCCUAAAGAUCAAAGCAUACAUAGAAGACGCUAAUUCUUCGACGCCUACUUCAGCUAUCCUGUUCGGAGGCACAGUUAUAGGAGACAAAACUGCUCCAAUGGUUACACCGUUCUCCUCUAGAGGCCCCAAUUUGGUAAGCCCUGGAAUUAUUAAACCCGACAUUAUAGGCCCCGGCGCCAACAUUCUCGCGGCUUGGCCUGUAUCCAUCGACAACAACAUCAAAGAAAAGACGGCGACUUACAACAUGGUUUCAGGCACUUCAAUGUCGUGCCCGCACCUGAGUGGGGUCGCGGCACUUGUAAAGAGCGCACAUCCCGAUUGGUCCCCUGCGAUGGUCAAGUCGGCCAUAAUGACGUCCAGCACUCAGACAAACCUCGGCAAUAUUCCGAUUCUUGACCAACGGCAUCAGCCCGCCGACGUGUUUGCCGUUGGGGCAGGACACGUGAACCCGCCCGCGGCGUUGAAUCCGGGCCUCGUUUACGAUAUUUCCGCCCGCGAUUAUAUUUCCUACUUAUGUUUUCUCUACACAGAGCGACAAGUUGCGGCCAUAGUGAACCGAAAGAUUGACUGCAGUAGUAAAUCCGAGUACUCGGGUGUGCCGGAAGCACAGCUGAAUUAUCCCUCGUUUUCCGUUGUUCUUGGACAAGAUAUUGGCUACGCAUAUUCACGGACAGUGACGAACGUUGGAGAGGCAGAAUCGACUUACUAUGCAAAGAUAGAAUGUUUUCCGGGGGUUAGUAUAUUUGUGGAGCCUACAGUACUUAGCUUCACCGAGGUGAAGCAGCAGCUCACGUACGAGGUUUACUUUAGCAGAACGGAGUUUACUACAAACGGUUCUUAUGUCCAAGGUUCCAUUUCCUGGGUUUCGACGAAGCAUGUUGUUAGAAUCCCGGUUUCUGUUAAAUUGGUUUUAUAACUGUGUUUUUUUAGUUAUUUACGAGCGAAACAGCCCGGGCUAA